UUUUAUGCCACUAGACAAUACUUCCACAGAAUAGAUAAAAUUAUAUACUAUUAAGAAACUAAGAACUGAGAAGACGAAGUGGCAAGUACUGAACUAGUGUUGUUGAGAAGAAGUCUAUUUGAAUUAACUAUUAUUUAAUAUUUUAGUAAAUUAUUAUAUAAUGGAUUUUGAAAAGGUAAAAGAAAAAACUUUUGAAGAUGCACACAAAGGUAAUGUCGACCAAGUUAUGAAAGCAGUCGAAGAGCAUUUGAGGCUGUUAAAAGAAGUCGAUGUUAACAAUCGUUUGCUCCUUCAUUGGGCUGCACUUGGGGGCCAUGAUAGACUUGUUCGGUAUCUUCUCGAAAAUGGUCAACCAGAAGAUUCUCGAGAUGAUAUGCAAACAACUCCUCUUAUAUUGGCAGCAUCAGGUGGCCGCAUAGAUACAGUAAAAACCCUUAUAGAAUAUGGAGUAAAUAUUAAUGCAAAAAAUCAAGAAGGACAUUCUGCACUUCAAUAUGCAGCUUCAAAAGGUUGGACAGAAAUUGUUAGAUAUUUAGUAUCAAAAGGCGCUGAUGUUAAUAUAACUGAUAAUAGAGGAGCAACACCAUUACAUAGAUGUGCAUCAAAAGGAAAUACGUCAGUGCUAAAAAUUUUAUUGGACUGUGAUGUACAUGUAGAUGCUAAAGACAGUUAUGGAAACACACCACUUCAUUUAGCUUGUGAAGAAGGACGUAUUCAAGAAGCUGGGUUAUUGAUUAAAAGUGGAGCUGAUAGCACUCUCGUAAAUAAAGAAAAAUUAACACCUUUUGAUUUAGCACCGUCUGAUGUUCAAGGCAUUUUGAGAAAAAUCUAAAAUAUUAUAAUUGUCUUGGAAUAAGUGUGUUUUAAGUUGAAUGUAAUUUAUGAAGUUCAAAACAAAUAUAACACUAAUAAGUGUCUUUAAAAAAUUAAUAUGUAUAUUUUUUAAUCCUGUAAAUUACCAUUAAUUAU